AUGUCUGGAUUAAUAUUAAAAGCAGCCAAUGAAUUUACAGUCGUCUUCCUUGGUACAUCUCGAAGUGAUGAUUCAACAGGUGAUCGUCUUAGUUAUCGAUAUACAUGUGCUAUACUCAUUGCAUUUACUUUAAUUGUAUCGAAUCGAGAAUUCAAUAAGAAACGUAUACAAUGUUGGGUUCCAGCAUUUUUUACAGGAAAUUAUGAAGAUUAUACUAAUAACGUAUGUUGGGUACGUAAUACGUAUUAUCUUGAUGACAAUAAAGAAAUACCUGAAAGUACUGAGAUACGUCAUGAAACGUCUAUACGUUAUUAUCAAUGGAUACCAUUUAUACUAUUAUUUCAAGCUUUAUUUUUCUUUUCACCCUAUGUUUUAUGGCGUGUAUUAUGUCAACGAUCAGGAAUUGAUAUUCGAGAUAUUGUUGAAGCUGCAACUAAUUAUAAAAAAAGUACAGAUGAAAAACAACGUGAACAACUAAUGAAAUUUAUGGUAUCAAUUAUUGAUCAAUAUGUUGAUGAUCCACGUCGUCAAUCAAAUAAUCGUGUAACAACAUGGUGGAGUAAAUGUUUUUUAAUGUUUUUUCCAUCAUCAGGCCGUUAUAUGGGAGAUUAUUUAAGAAAUUUAUUUAUAUUUAUUAAAAUUCUUUAUGUUAUUAAUGUUUUUGGACAAGUUUUACUCUUAUCAUUUCUAUUGGGACAACCAUUUUGGUCAUUAGGUUUUACACUUUUUCGAUUUUUAUAUGAAGGAAAAGGUUGGAAUUAUCAAAGUAGAUAUUUUCCAAAAGUAACAUUAUGUGAUUUUCAAAUACGUGAACCAAAUUCAUUAUCAAUUGCACAUACCUAUACUGUUAUGUGCGUUUUACCAAUUAAUCUUUUUAAUCAGCAAAUAUUUACAUUUCUAUGGUUUUGGUUUAUAAUUGUUAUUUUAUUGACAGCUUACGAUCUUUUUAUAUGGUUAUAUCGAUUGCUUUGUCGGCGUGAAGUUUACUUAAUAGGACGUUUAAAAGUAAUGAAUCGUGAAACAACACAAAAGUGGCCGUUUAAAGAUUUAUGUUCAGAUCAUAUUAAUGAAGAAGAAAAUGAACAUUUAAUGAGAGUUAAAAGUCGUGAAGAAUCUCCAUCAACUGGUGAUCAAGUUUAUGAUUUGAGUGAUGGACGAAGACUUCAUCAUCAAUCAAGAAUGUUUAUUGUACCUCGUAAUUAUUAUAAGAAUCAUCUAACAUUAUUCCAUUUUUUUAAUAAAGAAUAUUUGGAAGCUGAUGGACAUUUUAUUCUACGAAUUAUUAGUACAAAUGCAAGUGAUUUUGUUGCCACUCGAAUUAUACAUCACUUAUAUGAAUUAUGUUGUGAAAGACGAUUUCGUCCUCAUGAAGUACAAAAAGUAAAACCUGUACUUCAAACAACUCUUUAUAAAUACUUAAUCCUUCCUAAAAAAGAUAAAUCCAAUGCAGAAUCAACACAAAAUUCAUCUGCUCCAUGUCCUUUACCACGUUCAUUCCCAAAAAAUGAUCGAUCAUCAGAAACAUCCGAUGAUUCCUCUGAGAGUGAACAUGAAACUCAAUCCAAUUCUGAUACACAUUCAUCAAAAGAACAUACUGAAUCACAAUCUCGUCCAAAAACUGAAGAUAUUAAAAUAUGA